UUGUUCUGCUGGAAGGUGAAUUAAUUUCCCAGUGUCUGGUGGAAAGCAGACUUAACCAUGUUUUCCUCUAGGAUUUUGCCUGUGCUUAGCUCCAUUCUAUUUUUUAUCCUGAAAAACUCCUGAUUACAAGCAUACCCAUAAAAUGAUGCAGCUACCACUAUGCUUGAAUAUCGGGAGAGUGGUACUCAGUAAUGUGUUGUAUUGGAUUUGCCCCAAACAUAACACUUUGUAUUCAGGACAAAAGGUUAAUUGCUUUGCCACAUUUUUUGCAGUAUGACUUCAGUGCCGUGUUGCAAACAGGAUGCAUGUUUUGGAAUAUUUCUAUUCUGUACAGGCUUCCUCCUUUUCACUCUGCAAUUAGGUCAGUAUUGUGGACUAACUACAAUGUUGUUGAUCCGUCCUCAGUUUUCUCCUAUCAUAGCCAUUAAACUCUAACUGUUUUAAAGUCACCAUGGGCCUCAUGGUGAAAUCCCUGAGCUGUUUCCUUCCUCUCCGGCAACUGAGUUAGGAAGUACGCCUAACCUUAUCUUUGUAGUAACUGGGUGUAUUGAUACACCAUCUAAAGUGUAAUCAAUAACUUCAUCAUACUCACAAAUCAUGUUAAACCCUAUUAUUGCAUACAGAGUGAGUCUAUGCAACUUAUGUGACUUGCUAAGCACAUUUUUACUGCUGAACUUAUUUAGGCUUGCCGAAACAACAAAUCUAAAUUUAAUCAAUUUUACAUUCAAGCUGUAACACAACAAAAUGUGGAAAGAGUCAAGAGGUGUGAAUACUGUAUUUUUUAAAGAAGUGAGCUCAGCUAACCUGUCAGAGGAUGACCAGACGGGGGAGAGAGAACGAGAAUGCUGAAUAUGAGGGAGGAUGUAAAUGAUGCAUUGAAUGCACCAUUUACCAUGGCAGAGGUGAAGACAGCAAUAGGCAAGACUGUGUUAACUUCACCUGGGAAAGAUGGGGUUUGCUAUGUCAUAUUGGCCCAUGUCAGCAAUGAGGCGCUGGAUAAUGUAUUGGAUUGAGGUCAUGGCUUUGUGAUGGCCACUCCAAUACCUUGACUUUGUUGUCCUUAAGCCAUUUUGCCACAACUUUGGAAGUAUGCUUGGGGUCAUUGUCCAUUUGGAAGACCCAUUUGCGACCAAGCUUUAUCCUCCUGACUGAUGAGAUGUUGCUUCAGUAUAUCCACAUAAUUUUCCUUGUUCAUGAUGCCAUCUAUUUUGUGAAGAGCACCAGACCCUCCUGCAGCAAAGCACCGCCACAACAUGAUGCUGCCACCCCCCUGCUUCUAUUCAGUUCUAUUUUUGUUUCAUCAGACCAGAGAACAUUUCUCCAAAAAGUACGAUCUUUGUCCCCAUGUGCAGUUGCAAACCGUAGUCUGGCUUUUUUAUGGCGGUUUUGGAGCAGUGGCUUCUCCCUUGCUGAGCGGCCUUUCAGGUUAUGUCGAUAUAGGACUCAUUUUACUGUGGAUAUAUUUAGAUACUUUUGUACCUGUUUCCUCCAGCAUCUUCACAAGGUCCUUUGGUGUCGUUCUGGGAUUGAUUUGCACUUUUUGCUCCAAAGUAUGUUCAUCUCUAGGAGACAGAAUGCGUCUCCUUCCUGAGCAGUAUGACGGCUGCGUGGUCCCAUGGUGUUUAUAUUUGCAUACUAUUAUUUGUACAGAUGAACGAGGUACCUUCAGGCGUUUGGAAAUUGCUUCCAAGGGUGAACCAGACCUGUGGAGGUCUACAAUUUUUUUCCGAGGUCUUGGCUGAUUUCUUUUGAUUUUCCCAUGAUGUCAAGCAAAGAGACACUGAGUUUGAAGGUAGGCCUUAAAAUACAUCCACAGGUACACCUCCAAUUGACUCAAAUAAUGUCAAUUAGCCUAUCAGAAGUUUCUAAAGCCAUGACAUAAUUUUCUGGAAUUUUCCAAGCUGUUUAAAAGCACAGUCCACUUAGUGUAUGUAAACUUCUGACCCACUGGAAUUGUGAUACAGUCAAAUAAUCUGUGUAAACAAUUGUUGGGAAAAUUACUUGAGUCAUGCACAAAGUUGAUGUCCUAACCGUCUUGACAAAACUAUAGUUUGCAAACAUGAAAUUUGUGGAGUGGUUGAAAAAUUUGUUUUUAUGUAAACUUCCGACUUCAUAAUCUUACAUACAGUUGGAGAGACAUACUUCCUGGAGAACAGGGGGUUAAUAUCGCCACAUCAGAGUGGGUUCAGGAAGGGGAACUAUGGACCCAGUGCUCUGCUUAGAAGCAGAGGUCAGGAAGGCCCAGGUGAACAGGGAGACGGUUGUAGCUGAUGCAGAUGUUGGCAUUUUUAGUUAAUAUCGUCCGAUUCUGAUAUGCUUACCGAUUUGUUGUGUGUCCCUAGUGAUUUGUCAUCUUUUGUUCUCAAUCAAUAUCAAUUAUGUUUACUCUCAGGUACAGCCGGAUAUUGGAAGGUCUUUAUUUGCAGAUGAUGGGGCCUAUUGGAAGAAAUGUACCAUACACAGUCAGGAUGUACAGGAAGCAGUCGAUGAGGUGGUCAUUAAAGUAGGGAUUCAGAUUCUCUGUAGAGAAGUCAGACAGUGUUCUUUACCAUGAGGAAGGUGGGAGAUGAGGUACGCCUGAGGUUGUAUGGGAGAAAUGUGGAGAGACUGGGGGGCCUUCAGGUUCCUAGGGAUGUACUUUGACACUAGGUUGACCUGGGCAGAACACAUUGAGAGAGUGGUGGGAAAAUUCUAUAGGUUCUGAAUGUGAUGCGCUGUCUGAUGGGGAUGGAGUGGAGGACUGGGUGUUCCUCACUGAUAAGACUUUGGCAGUGUACGUAUGGUUCAGCAGCCAGGAUAUCAAUGGAAAGAUUAGAUGUCAUACAGGCGCAAGGACUCAGAAUAUGAAGCCGGACAGAGUAGGUGUGUACUCUAGAGAGAGUAAAAAUAGAGUAAAAAUAACAUGGUUAUAUACGGGGAGUACAAGUACUGAGUCAGUGCAAGAGAAUUAAUACAAAAAAGGGUCAAUGCGGGUAGUAAGGGUAGCCAUUUGAUUAGCUAUUUAUCAGUCUUAUGGCUUAGGGUUAUAAGCUUGUUGGUCCCAGACUUGGUGCACUGGUAGUACUGCUUGCCGUGCAGUAGCAGAGAGAAGUCUAUCUUGGGUGACUGGAGUCUGAACCUUUUUUGGGCCUUCCUCUGACACUGCCUGGUAUAGAGCUCCUGGAUGGCAGGGAGCUUGGCCCCAGUGAUGUACUGGGCUGUACUCACCACCCUCUGUAGUACCUUGCGGUCGGGUGCCUUGCAGUUGCCGUACCAAGCCGUGUGCAGCCAGUCAAGAUGCUCUCAAAAAGUUGGGGGCGGGAGGAGUGCAGCAUGAGAAAGAUGAUAGGAGGCCACCUUAACUAGACAUAGGUUGGGACACAACCGGCUGAAUUAUUGCCAGGAAAUAGAAACAGUAGGAAAUCUGUUGAUAUAGUGCGGGAAGUAUAAGAGGGAGAGAGAUAUUUGAGAAUCUGUAUGAGAAAGAAUGGGAUACAGGAAUUAAGUGUAAUGAGUCCAUUGAGUAGAAUAUGAACAUAUACAGUAUCCGUUUUUUUGUUUUAUUUUCUGAGAUAAACGGGGCAGGCAGGCAAUAUUUAGUUCCUCCCGGUCUCUGGCCCACACUCCACUCCAGCACAGUAGUAGGUGGCGGUAAUGCACUAACAACAUAGGAUGCCAACUGCCCAAAAAUACCACCGAAGAAGUAAACGGAUGCGAACAGUGACCAAGAACAAUUACCACUUUAGCGUUUUUAUUGUUGUAUUUAGACGUUUAUUAACACACUGGAACUCAAAAUAUGUCGAAUUUUACUUCACAGCAUCACAUAAUUACCGCAGGCAGUCUGUAAUUCGCGUUAGAGACAGGACUUGGUUGAUAUAUCUAUGUUAUCUAGGUAACGCUAGCUAGCUGCUAACAAUGGCUGACUGUAUGGUUUUUCACACUCAAAUAGCCUCCAUUAUGGAGGUGCUAGCGAAUGCAGCCGUGGCAGAGAUCUGUAAACUAGUAGAUGAAGACUAUGCAGUGUUUCGUUUGGAAGUAACUCAAAGCCAGAAAGAAAACAGGGGAUUGCGCAGGAAACUACAGCUACUGGAACUGAAGGUGGCACGGGAGCGCGCAGAGAGGACAAUACGAGAGCGUGUCGUUGCCAGUCGUCCCAGUAGUGUCAAGAUCCUAGACCGAUACAGAGGAAUGGCAAGAGGUGAAGGACAUCUCACUGGAGGCCACAGGAGCUUUGUGAAACCAGCGGGACACAACGCGUGGAUAGAUGACCAACCAAUCACUGUUGAUGAGGGGAGUGGAACCUCAACCCAGCACGUUAUCGUGAUAGAGUCUGCAGAUGCAGAGGCUGCAGGUCCUGGGGUCAAUCAGGAGGGGACUGAAGGGAAGGACCCACGACAUAGAGACAUCCAGACUGGAGCGCUCCCUGUAGCCACGGAGGACCGUGCCGCCACGCCCCAGCUCAGGACCUCCCGCAGCAUCACGGAGAUUGAAGUGGAUUCAAAGGUGACAUCAAUAAGGGAUCAUAGCUUUCACCUGGAGGAGGGUCCAGAGGUGCUGCUGGUGAAGGAGGAGGGGUGUGAGGAGGGUCUGGGGAACCCUGAGGGGACCAUGGUCAUAGAGGACAACCAGACUACACCUCCUCCUGAACCCACAGAGGAACCAGCUGAGCAGCACAGGACCACACACAGUCUCACUGAGUCAGUAGAUAUGGAGGAUGGGAAGCCUGAUCUGCUGAUAGUCAAAGAGGAGACAAUAGAAGACGGACCAGAGAGCAUUGAUCUACUGAGUGGACUAAAGAUGGGGGAGCAAGGUGAUUGGCUGGAGGCUAACAGAGGAGACUGGACAGCCAUCUUGAAUUCCCAGACCCAAUCCGGUGGAGCCAAGGGCUUACGGGACAACAUCACUGAGCAGGCCAGGACCAGAGGAGACAAAGUGGAGUCUGCUGUCCAUGAGAGCCUGCUGACAUCUGAUGUUGCUGGUGAGAGAGACUGGACUUCUGAGGUGGCUAGUCACAAAGCCUGGCCCCGGAUCAGAAACCUGGAUCAGGAGCCGCUCUUCCUUCCCGAGUCGGAACCAGGACCCAACUACGAGGGACAGAGACUCCACCACCACACAGAACACAACCAGUGGACAGGGGGACUGAACAACCUCAGUCCUGGUGGUCAUCAGAGAGACAGAGGCUCCAGUCAGGGAUCCAGUCUGCAGCCCAGACCCUUCUCUUCACAGUCUCAGAGCAGGGAUGGAGCAGGGCCUGGGGCUGAUAGAGAUAGACCUUCCUGUUCCUAUGAUACAAACACCACAGUAUCCAUGAUGAACAGUGCAGGUCUUCCUGGGCUUCAGCCUUCACAGAGAGUGGUGAGAGACCCCCCUGGUGGGAGUCUAACAGGAAGUCUUUCCUCUCCAUCAGGAUCUCGUCUAAUGCCUGGUGAAUGGCUUCAUAGAAGGUCUGGGACUGGGUCUAGCCCUCCUCAUUUACCUCAUGGUUACCCUAGCAAUACAGACAGAGUCAGGAUGGGUGUUCAGCACAAGCGCUUCCUAGCCUCUAACACAGCACAAAAUCCUAACAACACCCAAACAAUGGCUAGAGGUCAAGAAGGGAGCUCAAAGACUAACCACCUGAGGCUGGCUCCUGCUUCUACCUCCUCUGGUGUCAUUGGGAGGCCGAGCAUUAGGACUGACGCCGACAAGCCGUACACCUGCCCAACGUGUGGGAGGCGCUUUGCUAAAGCGAGCUAUGUGAAGAUGCACCAGACCGUUCACACCAAGGAGAAGCCCUUCAAGUGCAAACUAUGUUACAAGAGCUUCUCCUUCCUGACUAACCUUAUCAGACAUAGGAGUGUCCACAAUGGGGAAAAAUUGUAGCAGUGUGGCCUGAGAUGUACACAAGGGAUGUCAGGGAACCAUUCUUUUGGUGACAUAUUAUAGUUAUGUGAAGUGUCUUUGGGUAAGAGAGUAACCACAUACCCCUCAUUAACCCAUUGUAAACAGGCUUGUGUAAACUGUUUUUAGAGAGAGAGUAAACCUGGGCUAGAACAAGGACAGUUGAAUAUUUACCUUACUGAGGUGAUGUAGAUGGAAUAAAGGAAUUGUAUUAUUUUC